AUGGCCCCCGUGGGUGCAGCCCUUUGGCGCUCUCUGCGCGCCCAUCAGGUCUACGGCGCCAACACCGACGUCGGCAAGACCAUUGCUUCGACGAUCCUUUGUAAUGCUAUCCAACGUCAGAAAUCACCGGGAAAAGCAGCCUUUCUCAAACCCGUAUCCACCGGGCCAUUGAAUGAUGCAGAUGACAGGCAUGUUCUGCGGUACGCUCCCGGUGUGUCGACCAAGUGUCUAUACCAAUUCGGCGAACCUGUCAGCCCACAUAUCGCCGCUCAGCAGAAAGGUUUUACUAUUCCUCGAGAUGAUGAGAUCGUCGCCUCCGUUCACAAAACCCUCUGCAGCUGGGCUGGCAGUGGUAUCGACUUUGCCCUCGUAGAGACUGCAGGGGGAGUGCACAGUCCCGGUCCCAAUGGCAAUUCGCAAGUGGAUCUCUAUCGACCACUUCGCCUGCCCAUCAUCCUUAUAGCGGACUCGCGUCUCGGGGGUAUAUCCUCAUCGAUAUCCGCAUAUGAGUCACUCCUGUUACGUGGCUAUGACAUCCAUUCCGUGCUACUGUUUCGCGAUGAUUACUACAGAAACCAUGAAUAUCUCCAUAGUUAUUUCUCGAAAAAGAGUAUUCCUCUCGUUCCACUGACCCCACCUCCCGUAAGGCCGGCAACACAGGAUGCCGACUCCCUGGCUUACGAUGAGGAUGCGAUGACCCAAUAUUACGGUAAUAUCGCACACGAGACUGAUAUUGAGAGUUUAUUGGAUCAGUUGACUACCAGGAAUACAGAGAGGAUCGACCACUUGGAGGCUAUGGCCAGCCGCGCUCACGAUACCAUAUGGUAUCCAUUCACGCAACACCAUGGCAUGGUACCCAAGGAUAUCACCCCCAUUGAUUCGGCCUAUGAUGACUUCUUCCAAACAUAUGCCAAGUCGGACGGUUCAGACCUAGCAGGUAAGCUACAGGCCACGUUUGAUGGCUCCGCAUCAUGGUGGACGCAGGGCUUGGGGCACGGAAACCCAGAACUUGCCUUGUCGGCGGCAUACGCAGCAGGGCGUUAUGGGCAUGUUAUGUUUCCGGGGAAUAUCCAUGAACCGGCCCUAUCUCUCGCAGAGCUGCUGCUUCGGUCUGUGGGAAACCCUCGCCUGAAAAAGGUUUUCUAUACUGAUAAUGGGAGCACGGGGAUGGAAGUCGCUGUGAAAAUGGGACUUCGAGCGGCGUGCGACCGAUAUGGAUGGGAUGCCAGCAAAGAGCAGAUCAGUAUCCUAGGACUCAAGGGAAGCUAUCACGGCGACACAAUUGGGGUCAUGGACUGUGCAGAGCCAUCUACCUUCAACCAGAAGGUCGAAUGGUACCGCGGCCGUGGCUACUGGUUUGAUUUCCCUCAGGUGAAAAUGUCCCAGGGGGUUUGGAAAGUCGAGAUUCCAGCGGAGAUGAAAGAUUCCCUGGGCCCUGAUCUUGAGCUUCCGUCUUUGAAUUCCGUCUUCGAUGUUGAGGGACGUUUACAAUCUGAUGCGGGCAAACGCUACGCAGAAUACAUUCGGCGUACCAUUGAGACCCUGGUCCAGCAGAAAGGAAUGAAAUUCGGCUCCCUCAUUAUGGAGCCAGUCAUCUUAGGUGCUGGUGGGAUGCUGUUCUGUGACCCCCUAUUCCAGCGAUGUCUCGCGGAUGUUGUUCGCAACAAUCCUGGCCUUUUUGGCCGCAGUGCAGCGCAAUCAACUAAGAGCCGUGAUCAAGAUGCAGAGACAUCAUGGUCUGGCCUGCCGAUCAUCCUCGACGAGGUCUUCACGGGUCUCUACCGUCUAGGUCGCAAAUCCUCCGCCUCCUUCCUGCAGAUCGACGCCGACAUCGCAGUGAAUGCGAAGCUUCUCACCGGAGGGCUCGUGCCCCUCUGCGCCACCCUGGCUAGCAAAGAGAUCUUUCAGGCCUUUUCGAGUCCUGAAAAGAGCGACGCCCUCCUGCAUGGGCAUAGCUACACGGCACAUGCAGUCGGCUGCCAGGUGGCUGUCGACUCCCUGCAAUCAAUGAUGAAGAUGGAAGAAGGUGGGUCCUGGACCCAGUACCGCCAGGAUUGGAAUCCACCCGAGUCCAUUGGUCACGAUACUUCUAGCCGCGUGGUCUCACCUGGGGUUUGGAGUGUGUGGUCUCACCGUCUGGUCCAGGAUCUAUCGCUCGCAUCUAGCGUGGACGGUGUAUUUUCCAUUGGCACCGUUCUCAGUAUUUCACUGACGGACACUCAGGGCGGAGGCUACACAUCGACUGCAGCUCAAGGCCUACAGCAGAGAUUGUCUGCCGGGGGACCAUCCUUCUCCGUGCAUUCUAGGGUCCUCGGGAAUGUGCUGUACCUCAUGUCGAGCGUGACAUCUAAAUCUGAGACACUACGAGAAGUCGAGGCUAUUCUGCGCGAGGCUUUAACCUGA